AUGUACUUUAUCAUAAGUAAACCAUUAUUAUCCACGAGAUUCUCGUUUCGCACAAUAACCACCAUUAAGAAACAUAUCUUUUUGCCAAACUCACGAAACUUUUAUGUUGGUGGUGUUAGACUUUCCAUUGGUUCUUCGAGUUCCCGAAGUACAUUCAGCAAACAUAACUUAUUAAAAUGUAGUUGGAAAGGAACGAAGACGCGUGUUGGUUAUACCUCUAGGCAACUUCGCGAACUCAGUUCGAGAACAAUGCAACAACAAAGAUUGCCUGAUUCUACUUCUGUUGACCGUGACCUUGUCUAUGUUGGCCCUUUGUCGCACCAUUUGAGACGUUUUAAGCAAUACGCGAUACUUAUAAGCGUUUCUGGUGCAAUACUAAUUCCUUAUGUAUUAAUGUAUGGAAAAGCAAAUUAUGGUGGUAUAGCCAUGGCUUUCUUAUCAUCAAUAAUACCAGUCAUCGUCGUGAACGUAUUGAGCUCACCAUAUGUUAAUCGACUCUAUAUUGAUAUUCCGCGACACAUUCGUUUCAAAGUAAAACAGAACCCAUUCGACCCAGCAAUAUUGAAAAAAGACAGGAACCCCAUUAUUACAUUCGAGACUUUUAAUUGGCGAGGUAAACCGGUGGAGACUAGAGUCCCGUUAAAAGAGUUACGAGAAUCAACGCGUAAAGUGAAGUAUGUGACAUGGGAAAGAAUUCAAUCGAAAAAUAACGAUGACAAUGAUAAUAGUGGUAAAGAUCGUCAUGGUUUUUUUGAUGGAGAAAGAACAGAAUUUUAUGUAGAGACGGAAAUAAUGAGACAAAAUCCGUAUACAGCAGGAUUAAUUGAUUGGAUUAAGAAUAAAAAUGUUAUAAGCAAAAAUAAAGAUCAAAGUUAA